AGGUUUCCUCUUUCUUCUUCUUCUUCGGUUCUUCCCCUAUCUAAAGUGGUCAGCCAAAAUACAUUCUUUCUUACCCAAAAAGAAGCUCAAUUUUUUCUUGAAGGGGGAAAAAUGGCUUCUCACACGCUCUUUUCCUCUGCUACUACUUCUACUCGAUGCUCCCAUCAUGAUUCCAUAAAGAAAUCCGACCCGUUUUCCCCAAAUCUCCAAAUAACUACACACAAAUUACAGAGUCAAUGGUUAGGCAUUACCAAAUUCCCCCUUCAUUCCUUCAACCUCCGACCCUGUUUACCCAAGACCCGAACAAUCGCCGCCACAGUUACUUUCAGUCUCCCAACUGCAAAUCCAGAGAGGGUUAAUCCGACUGACAAAGCUCCCAAAUGGUCGUUGAAAGGAAUAAAGUCGUUUGCGAUGGGCGAAUUGGAAGCGAGGAAGCUCAAAUUUUCAACUACUGGUACUGAAGCUAUUCUGAUGGGAAUUUUGGUCGAGGGAACAAAUAGGGCUUCAAAACUGUUGCGUGCAAAUGGGUUUACACUUGUCAAAGUGCGGGAGGAGGCCAUCAAAUUGAUUGGAAAACCCGACUAUUUCUUUUUCAGCCCCGAGCAUCCUCCUUUGACUGAAGCAGCCCAAAAGGCCCUUGAUUGGGCUGUUGAUCAAAAACUCAAAUCAGGUGAUGAUGGGGAAAUUACAACAUCUCACCUGCUUCUUGGAGUAUGGUCUGAAAAGGAAGCAGCAGGAUACAAGAUCAUGGCUACCCUUGGCUUCAAUGAUCAAUUAGCACACCAACUUCAAUCUUUAAUUUCUAAACCAGGUUUUGUUGAAGAUUAAGAAUUUUACUUCAUCACCAACUCCCAAAUCUUUUUGUAUCAAAUGGAAUCGCCAUUUUAAUCAUCUUGUUCAGUUUGUGAUAAUUUGAUUUAUAUGUCAAAGACUUGUACCAUUCUUGAAAAUUUCAC